UGGAGGUGGAGGUGGAGGUGGAGGUGGAGGUGGAGGUGGAGGUGGAGGCGGAGCCGGCGGUGGUGGAGGCGGAGCCGGGGUCGGAGGUGCAGGUGGUGGCUCAAAAAGUAGUUGUAAUACUAAAGAAUGUAAACGUAACUCAAUGAUUGUGCUUCUUGUGAUAUUUGGUAUUUGUGGACUUUGUUGCCUAUGCUGUGCCAUCUGUGAGUCUUCAUGUUGUCGAGAUCCUAAUGAUAUUUGCUAUUCAAUCUCCAAUUGGGUAUGUUGUCGAACAAAACCACACCGAUCGAACCCAACUAGUCUUGCGCUGACUACACGACCACUUACAAUGCAAUCCUCAAAUAUAAAUACAAAAUUACAUUCUCCACCGUGUCUCACACAGCCUCUCAUAUUAGACAUGGAACAUCCUCCUAUUUCUCACACUGAACGGUCUUCAGUUGUGCAGGAUGCAUCUCAGACAACAAACAUCUUUCAAACGGGUUCUUAUAAUAUGCGUUAUUAUCAAUAUUAUAAAUGGCAUGGACCUUUUCUUGUUCAACUUGAGUUCAACGAUGGAAAUAUACGGGGUAAUGGUGACGAUGAUGUUGGUUUAUUUUAUGUUACCGGAAGCUAUUCUACAAACGACAAUCAUGUAAUAUUAACAAAACAAUAUAAACUCGGAACUGGUGAGCCACAUGAAAAUCUUGGACAUCAAGUUAAAAUUAAUUUAAAAUGGAAUGAUCAUACACAACAAUUCGAUGGUCAAUGGGCUGUCAGAACAUCAAAAUAUUCUGGUCAAGAUAAAUUCGAAUUGAAAUUAAGCAAACACGCAGAAUCAAUGUAA